CCGGCUGCACUGGCGGGGCGGCGGCGGCGGGAGCGGGAGGCUGCGGAGGAUGUCAAACUGGCUUAGGUCCGUGAAGACUACUCUGGUGUCAAGCUCCCUCUGACUUGCCUCCAGUUCUCAGGAGCAAAGGUACAGUUACAGGGACUGUAUCAGUAUGCAUCUGUAGAGAGCAACUGUCCUCCCAGAAAAACAUUUGUAUAAGCAACUGAACUGCGCCCUGAUACCCAGAGUAAGACGACUUUCUGUCCACAGUCUGCAGAGCAAGAAUGUCCUGGAAAGGAGAACAGUAGGAAGCAGCGAUGAAAUAUAGGACGGACCUGAUCUAGUGAAUUACAUUUUCAUCAUCACACAAUCCAGCUCAAGCCAUACCUGCAGGCUUGACAGCCCUCUUCAUUCACAAGUUGUAGUAUCUAUUUGCUGGCCUGGAGUGAUGCAACAUAAUAUUUAUACUCUGUGAGGUGUUAACAUGACAACCAGUAGCCGCACAUGUCCAGUACCAGCAGUGAACGGACAUAUGACUCACUAUCCAGCAGCGCCAUAUCCAUUACUUUUUCCUCCAGUCAUUGGUGGACUGUCGCUACCUUCCCUCCAUGGACUCCAGAGUCACCCACCAACUAGCGGAUGCAGCACCCCGUCACCUGCAACCUGUGGUGAGUUCCUGAAAUGGCCAUUACACCAUUCCAGUGGUCUCCUCCGCCGAACUGGCUGGUGGCACAGCAGCACAUCAUAUAGAGCAGUUGAAACUCAGAGCACCAGUUCUGAGGAACUUGUUCCGAGCCCUCCUUCACCACUUCCACCCCCUCGUGUUUACAAGCCCUGUUUUGUCUGUCAAGACAAGUCAUCCGGAUAUCACUAUGGUGUCAGUGCUUGUGAGGGAUGUAAGGGCUUUUUCCGCAGGAGUAUCCAGAAGAACAUGGUUUACACAUGUCACAGAGAUAAAAACUGUGUUAUCAAUAAAGUUACCAGAAAUCGCUGCCAGUACUGCAGACUACAGAAGUGCUUUGAAGUGGGAAUGUCCAAAGAAUCCGUCAGAAAUGAUAGGAACAAAAAGAAGAAGGAACCUUCAAAGCAAGAGUCCACAGAAAACUAUGAAAUGACAGCAGAGUUGGAUGAUCUCACUGAGAAGAUCCGAAAAGCUCACCAGGAAACCUUCCCCUCGCUCUGCCAGCUGGGAAAAUACACUACAAACUCCAGCGCAGAUCAUCGGGUUCGACUGGACCUUGGGCUUUGGGACAAAUUCAGUGAACUUGCAACAAAGUGCAUUAUUAAAAUAGUGGAAUUUGCAAAGCGAUUGCCAGGCUUUACAAGUUUGACCAUUGCAGACCAGAUAACUCUGCUUAAAGCAGCCUGCCUGGAUAUACUGAUCCUUAGAAUUUGCACAAGAUACACACCAGAACAAGACACCAUGACCUUUUCAGAUGGCCUUACCCUAAACCGAACUCAGAUGCACAACGCCGGAUUUGGCCCACUGACUGAUCUCGUGUUCACGUUUGCCAACCAGCUCCUGCCUUUGGAAAUGGAUGAUACAGAAACAGGUCUCCUUAGUGCCAUCUGCUUAAUCUGUGGAGAUCGCCAGGACCUUGAAGAACCAAUGAAAGUGGAUAAGCUUCAGGAACCAUUGCUUGAAGCACUGAAAAUUUAUAUCCGAAAGAGACGACCCAACAAGCCUCAUAUGUUCCCAAAGAUCUUAAUGAAAAUCACAGAUCUUCGUAGCAUCAGUGCAAAAGGUGCAGAACGUGUCAUUACAUUGAAAAUGGAAAUUCCUGGAUCCAUGCCCCCACUUAUUCAGGAAAUGUUGGAGAACUCUGAAGGACACGAACCACUGACACCAACCUCAAACGGCAAUACUGCGGAACACAGUCCUAGUAUCUCACCUAGUUCAGUGGAUAACAGCAGUGUCAGUCAAUCCCCCAUGGUGCAAUAAGACAUUUUCCAGCUACUUCAGACAUUCCUAAUACCUUAUGUACAGGGAUGAAAAGCAAGAAAAACAUUUUUACUGCUGCUUAGUUUCUGGACUUAAUAUAUAUCUAUAUAUGUGUAUAUAUAUAUAGAUAAAAACUCAACAAGGACCAAGAAAUUUUCAUAUGUAUCGAUAUAUACUCCUUGCUGUUUAAACUCUUAAAACUAGAAAAUGCAAACUUUUGAAACUCUAAAUCAGCCAUUUCAU